UGCCCAGCUGCUGUUGGAUGCUGGGCUCGGAGUCACCGCCCCCUUCCUGCCUGCCUGGUCGCACACACGACUCACACCGACCGCAGCUUAGCGGGGGAUGGAGCGGGAGGAGGCAUGGAUCCCAUCGCAGAACAACCGAGCAAAACAGUCGACAUUUACCGCGACACAUGGGUCCGCUUCCUGGGCUAUGCCAAUGAGGUGGGGGAGGCUUUCCGUGCCCUUGUGCCAGUGAGCAUGGUAUGGGGCAGCUAUGCUGUGGCCACUGCCUAUGUUACUGCUGAUGCUGUGGACAAAGGGAAAAAAGCAGCUGUGGCCCAUGGGGACAACUCGGGGAAGACAACACGGGUAGCAGUAGCAGUUGUGGACACCUUUGUGUGGCAGGCCCUGGCCUCUGUGAUCAUCCCCGGCUUCACCAUCAACCGUGUGUGUGCUGCGUCACUCUACGUACUGGGCAGAGCCACCAAGUGGCCCCUGCCUGUCCGCAAGUGGACCACCACAGCCAUAGGCCUCUCCACUAUCCCCUUCAUCAUCACUCCCAUAGACAGGUCCGUGGAUUUCCUGCUGGACUCCAGUAUUCGGAAAGUCUACGAUGGUGGAGAGAAGCACAAAUAAGGAGGGACUGUGCAGGACUGACUUGCCCUCCACAGGCAGGGCUCCCACUCCAGGCCUGAGCUGAUUAACCACCACUGUGAAAUAUAAAACAUAACACAGGAUUUUAAAAGGCACAAUUUCAGUAAAAUGAGAAAUAGAAGCCAACUAUUCAAUUCUAUACAGUUCAUUAGUACUGAAUCUGUAAAUCUGGUUUUAAAGAACAUCUUCCAGUCUCACAUGAGGACUUGGGACAAAAAUUGUGAAAUAACAAAAUAGUCAACAGUGAGUGAAACCCUUGUUUUUGAAAUAUCCCCCCAACAAAUACUUAACUUUAACCUCUCAGGACAAUCUGGGUAAUGCUUAGCCACCAUAAUACUGUAAAAUGAUUAAAUAGGAUUAGGGGCCAUUUAGUUAAAAUGUGGAAAUAUUCCAUUUGAGUUGGUGGCAUUAACUUUAAUUUCAGCUGCAGAUUGUAACAGUCGUGGUAGGCUGUAUAAUUUUGUGAGCACCUAUAAGGAGUAUGCUCCCAAGGUUGCCCUCAUUGGCUAGAGUUGUGAGCCACUUCUCUGGCCUGCUGAGCCUCACCUCACCUCAUGUCCAUAUCUCAAGCAGGCACAGAUUAAGGGAACUCACACUGGCUGUGUGCUUAGUAGCUAUAUACUUACUAUGAUGCUGUAACAAGCCAAAAAGCCAGUUCCCCACGAUGUCUCUCUUAUUCAAAAUUUUUACCAGCGUUCACUGUUUUUUCCUUUCAUGUGUGUAUGUUACUUGGAAUUAAUGUUUAAACGAAUUCUCUGAUGCACUUUUUCCAUCGUUUCAUUCUACCCUUAGUUUUGGUCAUGGGAGACAUUGAGUUUUGCACUGAGAGCCAUUUUACUUCAUGGGGUGCUUUAAGUAUUUGGACAGAAAAAUAUAGUCAUUAAAAUCCGAUUUUUCUGUUAGUUUAUAGUCAAACAUUCUUUACAAUAAAUUCUGGUGUCUGAAACAGAUAUAAAUAAGCUGUCUUAAGUGUACCUGGCUCUCAGAGUAGAUUAUUAGGCUGAAUAAGAAUUGGAAAAUGAUCCAUUUGGAGUCCAUUUUCACUUUUAAAAAUAGAUUCCAAAGGGCGAAUGUUUAGUGUGCAGCUGUCCAAAUACUUGUGUAGGUCACUAUCUCAGCUAUGCAGAAAAUGGUUUAAUGGAUUACUUCAGAGAUGUACAGAUGUCUGUGUUAUUGUCAAGGCUUUUCCAAGUGGAAGCCAGGAGUGUACUUUAUGUUGUACUGAACUAUGCAAGGGACUUACAAAUUACAGGGACACGUCAUCCACUACAAAAUAAAGCAUGUGGUCAAAAUCUACCUAAGAAGGGAAAUCUGGAAUGGUAUACAGAUUAAAAUGUGGGUCGGUUGACGUAAAGUGGAACAUACUGAAAUGGGAACUGUCAACAUUGCCAGGUUUUGUGUUAAUUACACCAGUGUACAUUCUUAGCAAUAACAGUAUGUCUCACGGUUAAACAUAUUCCUUUUGCUGUAAUAAAUCCUGCAGAACACGGUUCACUUUUUUUCAUGAAGGGAGACAUGCUAAAAGAAAUGCUUGUGAAAUCCUUUCUCCUAUUCAUAUAAUUUUUAAUUUUUACAGUUAUUUUGUUGUGUUGUAAUAGUUUCAUUUUUGCUGGGAUUGAAUGUUCUAUUCUUUCUUUCUUUUUUCUUUUUUUUUUGAGUGUCAGUUUUUAGGUUCUUGGUGUUGUAUUUUCAGGCUGUACGAAAAAUACUUUCAAACCUCAUUUGUUUGAUCUGUAUCAUUUAGUUCCUUGAAUGAAAAAUAUUUUCAGGUGAGAAAGUGGUCGCUAUUGGAGGUUGAACAUGUGUCUAAAUGCACAGCUGUUACUCAGCCACAAAUCUACUCUGUAAAACUGCUGAAACACUGUAAAAAAACAACUACCACCUGAAAGUCUAUAUUAAAAUAAAUUAUGGAAUGGUGA